CCUGAGUGGGGGGCGCAAGAGCCCUUGGCUAGGGAGCAGCAUGCCCCCUGCUCCGGGGCCAUGGAGAUCACCCUGGUGCCCCUGGAGAACGGAGGUGCCAUGACCAUCAGAGGAGAAGGUGAGGCAAGAGCAGGCUGUGGUCAGACCACCGGAGGAGAGCUUCAGUAUCCUCCGACGGCUGGGCUUAGCGAUGGGCACAAGGAGCAGGCUCCAAGGGGGCGCAGCACACAGAGGGGCAAGGACCCAGGAGGGCGACCUUUGCCUCCGCUGCCUCAGGAACUGCCUCAGCCUAGACGGCCCACUCCAGAGGAUGAGGAGGGAGAAGGCGACCCCAGCUUGGGCAUGGUGGAGGACCAGGUACCAGUACUGGGAGCGGGGUCCCUUCACCACCAGCGAGUUCUCAUAAACAUCUCUGGGCUGCGCUUCGAGACGCAGCUGGGCACCUUGGCWCAGUUCCCCAAUACCCUCCUGGGGGACCCAGCCAAGCGUCUGCGCUACUUUGACCCUCUGAGAAAUGAGUACUUCUUCGACCGCAAUCGGCCCAGCUUCGAUGGCAUCCUCUACUACUACCAGUCUGGAGGGCGCCUGCGGAGGCCAGUCAAUGUCUCCCUGGACGUAUUCGCAGAUGAGAUCCGCUUUUACCAGCUGGGGGACGAGGCCAUGGAGCGCUUCCGGGAGGACGAGGGCUUCAUUAAAGAAGAGGAGAAACCCCUGCCCCGUAACGAGUUCCAACGUCAGGUGUGGCUGAUCUUUGAAUACCCGGAAAGCUCUGGGUCUGCACGGGCCAUCGCCAUCGUCUCCGUCUUAGUCAUUCUCAUUUCUAUCAUCACCUUCUGCUUGGAGACCCUGCCUGAGUUCAGGGAUGAACGUGAGCUUCUUCAACCCCCAGUGCCUCACCAGCCUUCUGCCCCCGCCUCAGGGACCAAUGGCAGUGGGGCCAUGGCACCUCCCUCUGGCCCCACAGUGGCCCCACUCCUGCCUAGGACAUUGGCAGACCCUUUCUUCAUUGUAGAGACCACGUGUGUCAUCUGGUUCACUUUUGAGCUGCUUGUGCGCUUCUUUGCCUGUCCCAGCAAGGCAGAGUUCUCCAGGAACAUCAUGAACAUC